GGAGACCUGGCGUCCACAACAACGCUGAGGCAUCCAAGACGGCGAGGAAAGCUACCCGCUUGGAGAAGCGGUCGGGGCUGUGUGCCAGGAGAGACCGAAAGAAGGCACUAGAGCAGGAGAAAGAAGGGGAAGCGGUGGCGGAGACGCCGGAAGCGUGAAGAGAGAAGUUGGGCGAGGAGGUCGUUUCUGAGGGGCCAUCAGGUGGCCAUGGAUGCAGCGUGCUCUGCCGAGAGCAUUUAUAAUCUCAUCCCCAGGGACCUGAAGGAACCCGCCCCGCCUCCUAGGUACAUAUCCAUUUUUAAGGCAGCCGUAAAAAAUGACCUACAAAAAUACAAAGCAUCCAUGAAAACUAUGGGACCAGCUAAAGUGGACGUACCGUCCCCAAAGGAUUUCCUCAAGAAACACUCCAAGGAAAAAACUCUGCCACCCAAGAAGAAGUUUGAAUGGAAUGAGCCCAGAAAGCCCGCGGUGCCAGCAAGGACCGACCACCCAAUCAUGGGCAUACAGAGCGGCAAGAAUUUCAUCAAUACCAACGCGGCCGAUGUCAUCAUGGGCGUGGCCAAGAAGCCCAAGCCCGUCUACGUGGACAAGAGAACUGGGGACAGGCAUGACUUGGAGACCUCGGGACUCCUCCCCAAGUAUAUCAACAAAAAGGAUUACGGAGUCACUCCCAAGUACAUUUGUAUGCGAAACGAGGAAGUCAGGCAGGCCCAGGAAGAGUACGACCGCUACAUCCAGGAAAACCUUAGGAAAGCAGCGAUGAAGAGGCUGUCGGAUGAGGAGAGAGAGGCAAUUCUGCAGGGCCUAAAGAAGAACUGGGAGGAGGUGCACAAAGAGUUCCAGUCGUUCUCGGUCUUCAUCGACUCCAUCCCCAAGAAAGUACGCAAGCAGAAGCUGGAAGAGGAGAUGAAGCAGCUGGAGCAUGACAUUGGGGUCAUCGAGAAGCACAAGGUCAUCUACAUUGCCAACAAGCAGUAAUGCAUUUUUCAGGCACAGUCAUUUUAAGCCAUGUAGGACAAACAUGGAAAGGAUGGAGAUGAAACUACAAUUUUUUUUGAAAGUGAACACUAUGAAAAAAAAAGAGGAGUCUUAAAAGGCUUAGGUAAUGCUUUAAAAAUAACUGGAUUAUUCGCUUAUAAAAGAAAAAGAGUUUCUUUUUACUAGUGUUGUGUUUUCCAAGUAUAUACCGAUUAAAGUUUGAGGUUUUGUGUCCCAGUUCUAUAAUGGCAGUUCAUUGGGAUGAUGACAGUGAUGACAAGAUGAUGAUGACGAUGAUGAUAAUGGACUUGUUUUACAUAAACUCUCAUUUUUGGGGGCAGCCUCCCUUUUGGUCAACACCCCAUGAUACAGAGAGCACAGCUUUUUAAAAAGUGCCUUGAACCGGAAAGAGCAACAUCUGGGGAUGCCCCCUGCCUGUGGCUCCGGAGCUCCCAGGAGCCUGUGCCAUGUGCAGAAUCUCCCAAGCACAGCAAUCGGUAUCUCCAACACUGCCCCCGAGGCAGGGCUUCUCUGAGGGAGAAGAAAAUGUACAAAAUCAAGAAGACAAACGCACAGAAGGCAUCUCCGAGAGUGAUUAGAUAGUCAGCCCUCCAUUCCCCUCACCCCCAAGCAGGUCACUUCUGAACAUCUUUGAAAAUCUGCUUUAUUCCAAAAUUCAUGAUGCCUACUCACAGAAAUAGGUUAUUCAUUUUCUUUGAGCUCCUUUUUUUUAUUGGCAUGUGAACUCUGAAGUUGGUAUUUGUAAGAUUACAUAAUUUAUUAAGCAGUAUGUUUGUGUAAGUAGAGAAGUCUUCAACUCCAAAUAAGAAAUAAAAACCUAUAAAUAUC